AUGAGCUUGAACGCCAUAGCGAAAGCUCCUUUCUCGCCAGAGAAGCUUGUCGUUUUCUGCGACGGCACUUGGUGUGGCCCGGAAUAUGGCACUCGUACCAACAUCCAGCUACUGGCUGAGAUGGCCGGCAUUGACAUGCAUAACUCGAAAGGCUCACGAGAGAUCAGUGAUCCCUCACGGCAGCUUAGAGCCAAAUACUUCAACGGGCUGAGAUGCAACUACUUAACAUAUGCCUUUGGCGCGUCGGCGGACAACAUUGGACAGCUAUGUCUUGAACUGUACCGUUACAUCGCGCGAUACUACAAACAAGGAACAGAUAUAUGGCUUUUUGGUCUAGCUAGAGGGGCCUAUGCCUUGCGCUGUGUCAUCGGCAUGAUCAACAACUGUGGCAUCAUCAAGGAACCGAGCGAUGAGCUAUGCGACCUGGUCCUCCAGACUUAUACAUCACCCCGCGAGAACGAUAAGCCCUCGUCGGAUCGCAGCAAGGACUUUCGCAGAAGGACUAGUUGGGAUGCGGCCACACCUAUCAAGAUUAUGGUCCUACUAGAUACUAUCGGCAGCAUCGGUCAUGGCUAUAAUUACCCUGGAACCAGACCUGCGUGUCCAACGCUUUGGGAUGAGGUCGUUCCAGAUGUAGUAGAGACAGUCUUCCAUGCUUGCUCUAUACACGAUCGUCUGCCAUUUCUCCAGCCAUGUCUCGCGACCAAAGCAUAUCACAGCACUACGCCUCAGAUAUCCGAAACCUGGUUUCCCGGAUGUCAUUACGACAUCGGAAGACAACACUGUCAAAUCCUCCCUCAAGGCUUGUUCUUCCUUGUCCCAAGACUACUCACUGGUGUCGUAGAGCCGAACCAUGUGCUCAGCAAUGCUGUCUUGUGUUGGGUCCUGCAAUCCGUUGUCCAGCAAUCUCUGUCUCAGACCGUGUUUCAGGAUCCACAUUCGCGGAUCAGUUUCCUGAAGAAAUCGAUUAGAUCACCUGCUACCAGCACUGGCUCCGGCGAUGUUUAUUCGAACACACCUCUCUAUGCGCCCUUCGGUCGCAUACUGGCUCAACUUCCCAUUAUCCCUUCAAUACUCGGCAGUUUAUCAUCCAUGCUUCCGCUCAGAGAUAGGAGAAUACCCGACCAGGCAGCUAAUAUUGUUGACUUUGAUACGUCAGGUCAUUCGGACAAUCAGACAAGUCUAGCGGAAAUGGCUGGAGUGAACACUCGGAGAUAUCCCUCGAAAGCCUAUGAAACUUGGAAGACAUGGACG